AUGGCAGACGUCGUACGGCCUUCGAGGAUGAAGAGAAUCAUGGAUAGACUGGGUCUAAAGCUCGACCUCCCUACCGUCUUGUUAAUGUUCAAGUACGUUGAGGGAGCGGUCGCACCCACUAUCGGACUUGCGAUAUACCAAGCCGACAGCGUGGCGGAGCGGUACAGCACUAUCGGCUAUUUAAUCCCUAUGAUGUCCCUGUUUGUUGUUCCCAUCCUGCCGCGAGCAAGAUUUCUCCAGAACUUUUUUGUUACCUGCAUCUUCACCUGUUUCGCGGCUGCAAUCUCGUUGCUAUAUAUGUGGACGGCCAUCAAGGCCCGAGAGAAUACGACACAUUUGUCCGCAGAACAAAUGCGAAAUGGGCCCGUCCCGGGGGCUCAAGUGGUUUCGUACAAUGCAGCAGCCAGUGCAUGCCUUGCGGUGUGGUUCUUCUUCUGGUUAUGGGCAUAUAACACGUUUCGUGCAUUUCGACCACCGUAUUUCCUCCCCCUUAUUGUCUUUUCGAUUUACAUCAACAUAACUGCGACAUAUGGGUGCAUAUUUCCUACUAUGGAACAAGCAUAUAGCCUGACAAGACGACUUCUGGACACUUUCUUCGUCGGCUUCGGCAUCGCUUUUGCAGUCCACUUCGUGGUGAUUCCUGUCACGACUCGAGAUCUUGUCACAAUUGUGCUCAACGAAUAUCUUCAUCAUCUCGGGUCGACAUUCGGUGCUCAGGUUCAAUUGAUUGAAUCGUUGCCCAGUCGCCAACUAGCAGCAAGUGCUAACGCUCGUAGCAUUGGCAGUGACAGUGACAAGACUUCUACGGAUCGAAUCACGGAAUGGCCAGAGGCGGACAAGUGGCGGGCUGCAAUUGCAGCGGCAACUGAGUGCCAAGUCAAGAUUCAAUCUGAAAUGCGCUAUGUCAAGCGUGAAAUUGCCUGGAGCAAUUUGACCGCCAAAGAUUUCGGCAGCGUGUCGAAACUUCUGCGUAAUGUGCUUAUUUCUACGGCUGGAAUGGAAACCAUCAUUCAGGCUAAUGACCGCUUGGAGAAGAUGGGAGGUUGGACAACAGUCGAGAUCAGCAAAGGAACGAGCUCUAAUGUGGUCGAACAGGGCCAGGGAACGCAAUCUUUGAGCCAACUAUACCUACAGCUUCAACAACCAUCACAGCAACUCAUCAAGGCGAUGACCGAAGGCCUUGAUUAUGCGUUCUUGACCCUCGGCUUCACCAAAAAGCCGGCUUUCGGCACAAAGGAAGAUCUUGAAGCCCGGAAAGCGGCAUCUGCUGAUGGAAAAGGCUUCGCCGGCUACCUUGAAACUACUAUCGACGACUUUCUCAAGGCACGAGAAGGACCCUUAAAGGACUGGUGCAAUACAAAUGGUCUGGACACGAUUGCCGGGUCAGAGCCGCCCGCGGCCAUCCAACAGCCCAGCCGUUCACAGCUGUACCUGACUCUCGAUCUUGAAUUCUCCAUCAUUGCCACCGCCCGUGGCAUUCUGGAAUUGGUGCGAUUCGCUGACUCUAAAGUCCAGGAUGGCACAUUGCAGCAUAAACGGCUGAUUGUGCCGAGCUGGAAAACACUCAAGAAAUGGGGCAGGGCUUUGCUCAGCCGAGAAGACAGCAACCUUGACUAUCAGACUUACAGUUAUCGUAGCGGCACGCCAACUGUAUACUUGGGUGAUGCUCUAGGUGUCGAACGCGAUCCCGAACACCUUCCUCCCGAGACCUGGUGGGAGAAGUUGACCGACUACUUGCGUCUCAUUCCCAAGAUUUGUGGAUCGAAGGAAUCGUGGUUUGGGUUCAAAGUGGCAACGGGAACCAUGAUUGUCGCUCUACCGUGCUACCUACGUAACUCACAGCAUUUCUACAUUGAGCAGCGUAUCACCUGGGGCGCGAUCAUGGUCGCGAUCAGCAUGACUCAAACAGCGGGCUCGGGAAUGUACGGCCAAUUCCUGCGAGUAUUUGGGACUUUCCUCUCCAUGGUGUUCUCGUACAUUGACUGGUACAUCGUCAACGGUCACACUGCAGGCGUCAUCGUGUUUGUCGGUGUCACCAUGUUCCUGUACCAUUACUUGCUGGUGACCAAACCAGACGAUCCCGUCAUUCCCAUGAUCGGUAUGAUCACCACCAUGCUGAUUGUCGGGUACGAACUGCAAGUGAAAAAGGUGGGCAUCGCGAUCUCCGAGUCAAACGGGCAGGUCUUCCAUCCCAUCUACGAACUGGCUCCGUACAGACUGGCCUGCGUGCUUGGCGGCGUGGGUGUUGCAUGUCUUAUGACAUACUUCCCAUCGGUGACGACUGCAAGAAGCGAGAUGCGCAAAGACCUCGGCAACACGCUGUACCUGCUGGGCCACUACUACAGCCUGACGCACAAGACCUUGUCGCUGCGACUGAAGGGGCUCGGGGGGGAUGCAGGCGACAAGAACAGUCCGAUCCGGAAGGUCGAGAAAGCACGCCUUAAGCUCUUCGCCAAAGAGUUGAUUCUGAUUCAGGCCAUGAAGAACCAUCUCGUCUUCAUCAAGUGGGAGCCUACAUUCGGCGGGAAGUUCCCGAAAGAAACGUAUGAGCGGCUACUAAAUCACACGCAAAACAUCCUCCGAUUCACAGGUAUGAUGGCGUACGUGUCCAAGACGUUUUCGCAACUUCCCGACGGCGAACUUCCGGACUCGGCAGACGUCAAUGGAGAGACAAAGAGCAGCUGGCUGAGGGACUUCAAGAGUCUCGUCACCUCGCUUGAACUGGCCUCUCACAACGUGACAUCGAUUCUUGCGAUCCUGUCAAGCGCCAUCGGCAGCGGCAAGCCCCUGCCGCCCUACCUCAGAGCCCCGGAGAGAUUUCACAUCGGCCAGAUGUUGACGUCGCUGGAUUCUGAGAUCCUAAGCACCCGGCAUGUUUGUGAGCCAGGCUACUCGGCCUACGCGGUCAUCCAAGUCAGCACGACACUGCUUGAGGAGGAUCUGGCGGAUCUUCUCUCAGAAGCGAAAAAGCUGGUGGGCGAGGCGGAUUUUGACCUCGACGUCGUGCAGCUGGACUACGAGAAGCGUGUGGGCGCGGACGUGCUCUCGCCUGCCACGCGGACGAAAGAGGACUGA